AUGGGGUCCUUCCCUGGCCACCAGGCAACGAGCUGUCCGUUUUUUAGUUUCUCCUCAUUCUUACUUCUGGGUAUUGGGGGUGUAGUUUGGUUGGACCAGGUGCAGCCAGAAACUUCUUGGGAGGUCCAGGGUUUCCCAGAAUUUAUGAUCUGCCCAGAGAAAGCCCCUGUGCGGAAACUCCACUGCUCCUUCUCCGGUUACCCACUCUGGGGGCACUGUGGUUGUCCUCUUUCUCCUGGGCUGCCUUGGCUUCCUCAGUGUGAUGCCUCUGUCUUCUUUCUUCAGGAAAAACAGUCUCCAUGA